CAUCUGUGUCUGUCUGGAAAAAGAGGCAAAUAGCUAGAGGCUUCAGUCGUCACUGACUGUCCCCGGCCGGGGCGUGUUGCUAGCUCAGCUCUUCCAGCCAGGCGGGGUCAGGCCAAGCAGUCAUCUUUUCAGUGUUCGGCUGACUAAUGCUUAAUCCAAAGUAGAUAUGGAUUUCGACGCUUUGUUUAACGAAAACACAUUUCAGUUUUCGGACUUCCAGGAGUUCACGUUUCUUCCAGGACACCAGAAAUUGACUGAACGAGUGAGAAAGCGCCUGUAUUAUGGCCUGGACAAAGACGUUUCUUUAGAUGCCCUCUCUUGCCCUGUUACAGAUAUUGCCGUCGAAAUCUUCCAAAAGUCUGCCCCAAGCCCGAUACGAAAGCUCCAGAAGAAGUAUGCUGCUCAUGUUGCCAGGGAGGCUUGCAUCUCUCCAUGUGCCAUGAUGCUGGCUCUAGUUUACAUAGAAAGACUCCGACAUAGAAACCCGGAAUACCUACAAAAGAUCUCAUCCUCUGACCUCUUCCUGAUCUCUAUGAUGGUUGCCAGCAAGUAUCUGUAUGAUGAAGGAGAGGAGGAAGAGGUUUUCAACGAUGAGUGGGGAGCAGCUGGGAAGCUGGAUGUCCAAACUGUCAAUAACCUGGAGAUGAACUUCCUGAAUGCCAUUGAGUGGAGCCUCUUCACAGAGCCGAAUGACUUCUUUGAUAUACUAAGUCAUCUGGAAACCAGCAUUGCAGAGCGGCAGGGGAUGAAACGCGGCUGGUUCACCUACACUGACCUCUGUGUGCUGCUGGAGCAGUCGGCAUGGAGUCAAGCCCUCACAGCGAUCUACCAGCACUUUACUAAGAUAUCCUGUAUGCUCGGCUUGGUCUAUCUGACCAGUGUGGCUGGCCUUAUUGCCACCAGUGCUGUGCUGCACCAGCUCAGUCUCUCCAGGACCGGCCAGUCACCACUUGCACCCCCAGCUGAGAGCAGACCAGCCCACCUUCAGACCUCCAACCUAAACCCAGAAGCUCCUGCAGCUAACCAGCGCCCCCCCUGUUGUGUUCUGGCCAACAAGAGUCUGAACUAUCAAACCAUUACACUUGAAGUCGGCCAGCAACACAGACACAGUCUCCCAUCAGCUUCCUCACAGACAUCAGUAUUGUGUCUCUGGGGCUCUCUCCUUGCUUCGAUGGGUCACAUACAUCCUGAAAAAAAGUCUGAAAUGGAAACCUCCAAGACCUGGUCUGCUGCUUCCUUCUUCUGUCCUGGCUGUCUUGCAACCCUCCCUCCUCUUCAAUGCGGGCUCAAAAACACCUCAACAAUCUUCACUCGUGGUCCACCUGAUAACCACCAGCAUCAGAAAACAUGGCUGGCCUCCACCCUCCUUGAAGCCGCAGAGCCAGGUCUGAACUCUCGCCUGGGGGUGUUUCCCCCCGUACAGCUGGGACCCUGCCUUCCAGAGACUGUGUUACCUAUCGAGAAAGCCCAAGCUUUGCUCAUGCCCGGCUAGAGACUGGGAAACACCACUGCUGUCAACCUGUAGUAAUAGACUCUGGAAAUUAAACCAGCACUGUUUUCAUGACUCAUUAACUGCUUUAAGUCAUGUUUCCCAGGUCUAGAAUACAGGUGUGAAGACGAGUAAUUAGGCACAUUUAAGACAGAGUGAGAGUUUGAUAACACAGCACAGUUAAAAAAUUCCCUUGUAGUUCACUGCUGCAGUAGAAAUUUGCCAUAAGUAAAAUGCCAUAGUGUUCAGUUAAUGUUCUGCAGUUUGUUUUUACUGCAGAUAAGGAAUUUGAGGAUAAUUUAAUUUUUUUUCUUUGCUUCAACCAAACUGGCUUAACUACCCGCAUUUAUUAUUGUUUGAAAGUUCAGACCUGUCAGAUGGUGAUGGUAGGGCCUUUGUGAUCAGUGUGUGAGUUGAUGAAAGUGUGCGGAGGUUAUACAGCAUAUCUAAAAGGUGAAAGUUUCACAGAAAGAUUUUUCUUUCUUGUUUUUUUGAUGGGGCGUUGUGAGAAGAAGGGAAUAAAGCAGACAACUUUGUAUGCAAAGUUUUGGGUAAUCCAUAUUUGCUUAGUUUUACCAUAUCUUUGUCAUGUGUGCAUACAGAGGUUUACAUCGGACAUUGUUCAUGCACUUGCAAGCACUGAUUUUGUACUUGAGAUUUUUUUGUACACGUGUUUUUGUUAGUACUUGUGAGACAUUGUCUCCCGACCUUUCACCUUGAGGAGAAAGCAUCGAAGAAAAGAAACAGUUUGAAUGCAGACUGUAUUCAUAUCUCAGUGUAACUGUCAUUGAGCACACAGUGGUCAGUAACAUCAACUCCUCUUAUUCUGGUCAUUUACAGCUGAAUUUUCCAUCUCAUUUUCUUUUUAUUGUACUGAUAUUCACCAGGUUCAAUGUGGCAACAGGAUGUCACGUAACCAUAAAGCUGCUUUCCUAUAACAGGGUAAUGUUUAGCCAAAUUUAAGAGAUUAAAUCUAUAGGUUUCCCAUUCUCCAAGGGGAAGAAGGUCUGCAUAAAAAGGAUGGACUCCUCUGGUUUUUAGAGUUUCUCGUUGGUUUCUGGUUGGUGUUUUUUGAAGGGAACAUUUUAAUACAACACGUAGCAUGUUAAAGGAUAAUAGCAGUUUCUUUGUUGAUGUGGUCUGGAAUUUGCACAUCUGGCUCCAUUUCCACUGCAACGGGACAUUUCACUGCAUAAUCACUGCAUUGUCAAGCUUAUCUUUUAAACACAAGAGAAAUAUGUAAAGACUUGAUUAUUUUUAUGCAUACAGUUACACGUGGUCCCCAGGACAUUUACUUUGUAAUUGAACCUUUGACAAAUUGCUCUGAGCAUUUGAAUUUGAUACACUUUGAAGCACGAAGUCCUUCAAUUUUGUAAAUGCUGUAAACUGCAAGUAUUGUAAAAAUCUAUAGACAA